AUGGCGUCUGAAUCACACGAGGCAAUUCAGCAGUGGAGGGAGAAAGUAGAAGAAAGUAAAAAAGCAGAACUAAAGAAAGAAUUGCGAAAACUUUGCACUCAGUACCAAGCUAUUCAGAGAGAUCGAGAUGCUCUUUUGUUCAGUAGGAAGUGCUCCUUCCGAAAAGAAUUCCUGCCUUUGGAAGAAGAAGAGAAAAAGUUGAAUGAGGAUUUAAAAGUAGAAAAGACGAGACUAAAUCACCACCUGACAAAAAUUAAAGACAUGGUUGCUCGAUUUCGGAAAGAAUUAAAUAAUGUCCGUCCAUCACCUGAAUUUGUCAUCAAAUUAAAAGAGAUCAUGGAGGAGGCUGAAACAGAGAUCAAUGAAUUUAAAGAGAAUCAAAGAAAACAUUUUGAAGUGCUUAUAAAGGAAGAGAAAUCAGCUUUUCUCGAAAUUCAGGCUUUAGAAAAGAAAUACGAAACUUGGUCCAAAGUAGAACAGCAAGUUCAAGGGACACAACCAGUAUCAACAGGUACCAAGAAACCUUUGUCAUCAGCCAGAGAUGUGACAGUAGAUUUACCCCCUGAAGUGGCUAAUUUUGAUAAAUUUGUCCAGCAAAAUGGUGGCUUGUGCGGUGGUUGGGAUGUAUAUGAUCAUGAAACAUUUCUUAAGUUUUAUGUAAGGUAUAAGCAAAAGGCAGUUUUCCUCAGCCAUGUAGUGCCCGCACUUCCUGGGAAAUCUGAAGAUGAUGUAUAUGUUCAUAUUGAUUGGUAUGAACACUAUUUAGAUCUGAAUGAGGCAAAAAAGGAAGCCAUACAAAAGUGGAGAAAAUCCAAAUUGGAGGAGAAAAAACAAAAACUGAACUCACCAGAAGAGAAAUGGGAUGCACAAGAGAAAGCGAAGCAAACUGACAUUCAAAAGAAACUUGAAAAGGAACGAGAAGAAAAAUUGAUCCAAUUAAAAAAAUGGAAAAUGGAACAAGCAGAAAAAAAGGGGAUAAAAGAAGAGCAGAAAUUGCAAGAGAAAAUGGCUGAAGAACGCAAAAAGGAAAAAGAAAUGAAAAAAAUGCUUGAAAUCCGUGAAUAUGUCAAGAAAUAUAAAGAAGCAAAAGAAGAGAAGGCUGUUGUGAUGAAACAACAAAAAGAAAUGGAGGAAAUGAUGGAAAUGGAAGCAAAACGAAAGCUAGCAGCAAUAACUCUUCCAAAGUUUAGAGAAAUGGAUCGUCAUAAGAUGAUGGUGAAAGCCUUAAAAGAAAAAUGCAAAGAAGACAUAGCAAAGCAGAAAGAAAAGCGACUAGAGAAUCUGAAAAAACAGGUGGAGGUGGUUGUUCAACGAGAUCCAAAUCGAUUGUAUCAACCAACUGCUGGUUGGAAGGAAAGAUUAAAAGACAACACAACGAACAAUGCUGGUGGACCUCUCUUACAUAUGCCUCAUAGAGCCAUUCCUUCUUGGCGUGUUGGCCUCUCCUGA